AUGUUCUAUAUAUCCAUCGUAUUCUACAACAUUGCCCUCCUCGCCAUCAAGCUCUCCUUCCUUUGCCAGUACUACCGCAUCAUGGCCGUACCCCGAAUGCGUAGAAUCUACGCAGUCGCCCUCCUCGUGGUCGGCGCCUGGUCAACCUCCCAGGUCUUCAUCGCCGCUUUCCAAUGUCUUCCAGUCGAAGGAUUCUGGGACAAGUCCGUUGUGUCGCACUGCAUCCCCAACCAGCCGCAGUGGUACGUCAACGCAGCUGGAAACAUCAUCACCGACGUUGCCGUCUUUGCGCUGCCGUUGCCGAUUUUCUGGCAUCUCAGCCUGCCGCGGAAACAGAAGGCACUCCUCAUGGGCAUCUUCAGUCUUGGUUUCUUCACUGUCGCCAUCUCGAUCGUACGCAUCCAGUACCUCAGCACACCGGCAGACUUCACCUGGACCAACGUCGACGCCUCGCUCUGGUCCAUCGGCGAAAUAUCUUCGGCCGUCACCUGCGCCUGUCUCCCGACGCUCCGUCCCCUCCUGACAAAGAUGUUCCCAGGUCUGAUGAGCAGGGUCAACAUCACCUCCCUCCACAGCAACCAGACCGACACGCGGCCGGGCACCCACCCGACCCGUCCGUACUCGAACCUCCCCAAGAGCUUUCCCCGGGAUGCGGAAAAGGGGACCACGGCCUCGGGCGUAUCUAGCGCGCGAUCCAGCCAUCUCAAGGACGAAGGAUCCUCCGUCACCCACGGGUCGCCGUAUCAGCACAACGUCCGCGCCAACGAGUCCAGCGAUACGAUUUUCGGCCUGGCUAGCGUGCGCGGAGAUUCCAUCACACCCGUCAAGUCUAACUUCAGUCCCUUGAGCCCCAGGCCAGCUUGGACUGUCUCAACUUCCACAAACUCGUAUCCCGUUCGAAGAGAUGGGACACCCUUUUGA